AUGUCUCUUGCAAAUGGGUUCGAUACGUUUGAACGUGCCAUCCAAGUCCAGGCGAUGCGCCCGGGUGCCUAUCUGGCCGAUCUGAGAUGGGAAUGGUCGGUCGGCAACGUGCCCAAUGGAGGCUAUGUCGCCGCAAUCUUCUACCGGGUAGCAGCCACGCAUCUUCUAGCGACACAGCCGAACCGCCACCAUGGAUGCGCCCGGCCGAUUGCGAUGCAACUGUCCUACUUUCAUCGUUGCCAGACCGGGCCCGCCACCUUGCUGGUGGACAAUAUUAAGCUUGGAACUCGCAUCUCGGUGAUUCAUGUCACCCUCAUUCAGGCCGAUCGUCCUAGCGUGGCAGGGUACGUGACCAUAUCCGACCGCGUUUCCGAGACCGGCAUCUCGGUGCCCGGCGAUUGGAGUGUCGGCAGCCGCGUAUGCAAGGGUUCGAUCCAGAUGGCGUCCUCGCCUCCGUCACACACGGGUGACAACAUGUGGAAGCAGGUUGUAGUGUCGAAUCCGGCUUUCCGGCGUGCUUCAACCAAGGUGGAGUUAUACCAGUCAUGCGCGGGGAGCGGCCGUGCCGACACCCCCCAGCAGCCAGGCGUCGGACAAUGGGCGCGCCUCCGCCCGGAUAGCCAGCAGGAAUCUGGAAGCAGCACGAGUUGGACCAUGGAGUCCGUCUCGUUCUUGUGCGAUAUUCUCCCCACCGCACUCGGCCCUCUAGAGCAUUGGGUGAAUCAGAAGUACAAUUCGGGCGAGACUGUGGCUGGCGCCCCCGGCCCUGUUUGGUUCCCCACUCUUGCCCUCAACAUUGACUACAAGAGAUGUGCUGGGGCAGACCUAGGCGAGUGGCUCUAUAGCCAUAUCCACAUGAAGUCGGUUCAUAAUGGACGGUUCGAUGUGGAAGUCGUGAUUGUGGAUGUCGUGGGGAAUCUCGUUGCGAUUGCCACCCAGGUGGCUUUGAUCAUGCCCAGUGAGCGCAACACAACGAGAAAGGAUCGACGUGGCUAA